GUGUGUGGAAUGUCACGGCCUAUUUUCCCCGGCGCGCUUUGUAGCCCACUCUCACCACCGGCAGGAAGUGAGGACUUGUCACUGGGGAUUCGACUCGUCCAAGUGGAGGCACUACCUCCUCCUCGACAGGGAUGAGGAUCCAGAAAAAUGGACAAAGUCGUUGGCCGAGUUUAAAGGAAAGUUCGAACAGAAACGAAAGGAGUCGGCAGCCUCGUCGUCGUGCGAGGAGUCGUACGGGGGCUGGAAUGGGGACGAGCAUUUGGUGAUAAAGCGGGUUCGUUACAGUUCCGGGGUGGAGACGCCUCUCAUCACGUCCCCUACAAACGUCCCCACCGACCCGGCUGCUCUCUACUUGCCAAAAAAGAGACUCUCCUCAUCCUACAAUAUUCAAUACUCGGACAACAACAACGAUCAAAAUCACGUGAACGAGACGGAGGCUGUGAAGAAGAUGUUGCUGUCCCAACUUGGGAGCGAUGGUGCGGAACCGGUGAUCAAGCUUUUGGAUAAAUUAACAGGAAAAAUCUCAAGUUUAGAAAAGAUCUGUAAAAGUCAAGACCAGCAGUUGCGAAGGUCAGAACCCAAUCAUCAUCAGACGGGAGCUACCGACCUACAACGUAAAGUGAACACGAUGGAGGCAGAACUUCACUCUUUAAAGAAGCAGCUAUUACGCCGCCACGAAGCGCGAUAAGCGCAUACAUAAUUUUGGAAAUAUUCCUCCUCCUCCUCCCACCAACAAAAAAAACAAAACAGAAGAAGAAGAAACGACUCAUUCUAUCUCUCCGUAAAAACAUAGAAGAUAACAUAAAAAUAUUUAAUUUAGAACACCCACACUUUCUCUAGAUUUUUAAAUAAGUAAGUAAACCUGCCACGAAAAGAUGGAAACCGGAAAUGAAAGCAAAGCAAAGCAAUCCCCGUCAAGAUCCUCAUCACCACGCGCGAUAUGAUAUGAUAUAAAUAACUUUAGAAAUAUAAAAAUAUGUAGUUUCGUCCUCAUCAGACUUGUUGUUUUAAAGAAAGAAAUUGAUAAUUUACAACAUAUUGUUAUCACACAUCCACAUCUAUGUAUCUAAAUAUGUAUCUACUGUUAAUUAAUGUACCUGAAAUCCGAUGAUUGUUAAGAGAAGAGAGAGAUGAACUUUAGUUACGUAAAUAUUUCGUUACGCUGCUGGUAAAUACAUAGAAUCAGUUUUUAUUAUUAAAUAUUAUACAUUAUUCUAUUAAGAAUUUCCACUUUUUUCCGGUGAGAAUUAUCAAUUUUUUGAAGCGAAAAAUGAAAUUUGUUAUAUAAAUAAAUACAUACGUAACUUUUUUUGCAAGUAUUUAUCUAAGAUUUAAAAAAGCUCGGGAAUUUCUGAAAAGUUUUUUUUUGCUCGGAAAUGAAACGAUAAGUUUGUAAUGGUGGGCUGCUAACUAAUUAUUUCUGAAGCGUAUAUAUAAUUCCAAGAGGAUAUUUACAUAAAUUGUUUAUCGCUAAAAAUAUGUAUGUAACUUUUUAAGAAAUGUUUUUUUUUCUAUUUGAGAAUGCUCCUCGUUUUGAAAAGAUUUUUGAUGAAAAUGAAAAUGAACCUUAAGAAAGUAUUCCUUCCUAAAAUAUUUACAUAAAAAGAUACAAAUUUGUUCUUCUUCUGGGUGGUUUUUAGAGAGAAAAAAAAGUAUGGGUGCGGGUGUAUUAUUAUGGAUGCGGUAUGAAAAGACUUGAAAUGACUGGUUACUCAGAAAUACUAUACAAAAUGUACCUUAGAAAUGUGCGUGUAGGAGAAAAUAUCAUGUAAAAAAAAUGCAUACAAAAUUAGAAUAUUUAUAAAAAGCAAAACAGUCAAUUAAGGAUUCAUCGUAAAAUAGAUUUGGGCGAGGAAAGUGUGACGAUUUAAAUUAAAUUAUGAUCAGCUUAAAAAAAAUCCAAUUAUUUAGUGACCACAAGCAGAAAAACUCUUAACAUGGAACGCGUAGUAAUAGAAAGAAAUCGUCCUGAAUGUACUGCUAAUUUGGUGGUUUGUUACAAAUUUAAGGCUAAAAAAUAUAUCUAUAAUUACUUUAAUUGGUAAUCGUAAUUUUGGGAAGGAAAGAAAGUUUUAUAAGUUUUUGGGAAAUCAGAGAAAGAGAAAGUGUCAGGAUUUUGAGAAAGUUCCCUAUUUUUUGUGGGCGUAAAGUAAUUUACUAAGAAAUAUGUAAAUUAUCUAAGAAGGGAAAAAUAUGGGCAGGUUGUCGUACCGUAAAAAUAUGCAUGUAUGAAAAAAGGAUCGAUUUCGGGUUUGAAUUGGAACUGAUUUUUUGACAGAAAAAGUUGACAAAGAUUUUUCAUGGAAUUUAAUUAAAGUAGUCAUUUUAUUAUAUGGAAUAUCUCAUAAUAAGUGGAACUACAAAAAAAAAUAUCGUGAAACUGCUCGCUUGGAGUUCUUCUUAAAAUUAUCUCCAAAUUUCAUCAAAAAUCUGUUAAUAAGCAGUUGAACACACUAAAAAAUAAUCGAUUUUAUCAAAAUUUCAUUUUUCUCUUGUCUGGAAAUGAAAAAAAAUUAUUUAAAUUCUCUGAAAAAACUUUUGCUCGUACUGCAGUAUACUCGUUCAUAAAUACAUAUAUACAUACGCGUUAGUACAAAAUGCCAUGCAUCAGCAUUUAAUUAUUAAUUAUCUCUGAUAAACUACAAACUUUUAAAGCAACAGAUUCGUAGAAACUCUAUUAAAUAAGUCAGUUAUUAAAGGAGUAUGAAAUUAUUGAAAAAAUUGCAUAAAUAUGUAAUUACAAAGAAAUAUGUAAACAAAAAAAAUUAACUAAUUAAUUAAUGACAACACAAGCUUAAAAUCAAAUUUAUAUAUACAUAAAUAAAAUGGAUAAUUUAUAAUUUUGUAGUCCUCACUGAAAAAUGCAAAAUGGGUGGAAGAAAGGUGGAAGGGGGGAGAAAGUGUGAAAGCAAAAUACGGGAUAAAUAUGUAGUAAGUUAGGUAAUUAGUUUAAUUAUUAGGGAGGGUGGGUAAAGAAGGUUUGGUCAAGUUCCCCCAGUCAUAGAUUUUGUUUGGGCGGAAAUUUGUGGUUUAAAUUUAGUAUUUGAAUAACUUAGCUGUUCAAGAACCUGUCAUAAAAAUGUUAAUACGUUCUGUCAGAAAUGUAAGAAGUAUUGAGUGAAGAGCUGAAUGUUUCCAAUUUGGAAACAUAUUUUUAAAACACCUUCAGCUCUUCCUCAAUAUAUUUGCCAUUUUUUAACAGAGCUUAUCAAGAUUUUCUGCAUUGAUUCUUGCCUAGAUAAGUUAUUUAAAUACUAAAUUUAAACCACAAAUUCCCUCCCGAACUAAAUCUGUGGCUGGCAGAAAAUUGCUCAAACCUUCCCUGCACACCCUUAGUAUUUUAUGGCGAUCAAGAUUUUGUGAUUUUUAUUUGCGGAGAUAGCACUACUCGAUUUUUUAAUCUGGGCAGACGAUACUGUUCGAGAGGAGAAUUGUGUAGGAGUCUAUCGGGAUAAUGGUAUUUAUUAUUGUUGUUAUUAUUAAUUAAUUAUUAGUUAAUUAAAUAUGCUAAUUAUGUAUAAAAAAUCUUCGUCUGAGCUGCUGCUACAAGAAUGGAUUGAACGGUGAAAGACAGUGUUUCGGUUUGUCACAUUUCUUGCACUGCAGGAAUUGCGAAGUGCAAGAAACUGGGAGAAAGUGCAAGAAAUAUGCGCCGUAACCUCGCGCCUUGCAUUUCUUGCAGGUCAAAAUAGCUGCAAAAACCACUUUCUUGCGGUUAUUUCUUGCACUUCUAAGCAAAAACGCACGAAACUGGGAGAAAGUGCACGAAUUAAGCGCCAUCUAGCCACGCGCAGUAUGAACUAUGCGCGGCGCUACAUAGUUUCUCGCGCCUUGCAUUUCUCCCACGUCAAAAUAUUCCCCUGCAAGAAACCACUUUCUCCCAGCUAUUUCUUGCACCCGAACGAACACUAGAUUGGAAAAUGGGAUGAAAAUGACAGAUAGAGUUUGGACUGAGGAAGAAGAAGAGAAAGCACUGAGAAUGUGAACUUAAAGUUUCCGAGGAAUGACAAUUUUUUUGAAUUUUUUGCCUGAAAUGAACUUCUUUUUGAUGUCGAUAAAAAUGAAAUGAUGAUGAAUUGUCUGUGUUCUUUUAGAUUUAAAUACAUACUGAAAAAAUUGAUUGUUUCCUAGUUUAUUAAUUAAUUAAUCAUUGUUGGUGUAUAGUAUUGUUAACUUAGUUUUAAUUAAUUAGUUAAUUAUUAUUUAGUGAGGUUAUCUUUCCCCCCACGAUAAAUGCCCCCCGUUACUUUAAUUUAAUUUAAAGCUUAUUAAUUGUUAUACAGAAGAAGAAGAAGUCGUGAAACAUAAGUAAUCUACAUAAAUACAAAAAAUGAAGGAAACAGUCCCGGUUUUUGGUUGGUUGGUGAUGAUGACGAAAUAUAAGAAAAUUUAUGAAAAAUAAUAUGCGUUUUAGGUUAAAUAAGUAAUCUCUCGUGUGUGGUUAUUAAAGGAAAAUUGUGACCACGACUUAUCUACUACAUACAAAAUACUGAUACAUACAUAAUUGUUGCUGCUGAAUAAAGAAAACCAUUCUAGUUGUUUUGAA